AUGAAUCAUCAGAUUGAGUACUAUACAUAUGGAUUGUUGAUUUAUAUCCCGGCUGCAGCAGUGCUAGCUUAUAUUAUUAGUUCAUUUAGUCCUAAAAAAUCUCAACCUCCCACAAAGCGCCCAAAGAAGGUUCAAAACAUUCAAGAAGCACAAGUUAAUAUUCAGUCUCAACAAGCUCCUAAAAAGCCUCAAACUACCCAAGAGAAGCCUAAUCAAAAGCCCCAAAAGCCAAAAAAGAAAAAGCAAAUCAUACCUGAUGGUAAAAUUGCAUAUUGCAAAUACUGUGAAAAAUAUUUAACUUCUGAUGAAUUUCUUCUUACUCAUGGCGAAGGCAAAAAACACCAAAAAAAUUUCGAAGGCCGAGAUGGAAUUUGGUAUAAAUUUGUCGACCCAUCAGAAGCUGAAAAAUCAGAAGACAAAGACGUAGGAUUAAAACUCAACGUACAAGCUGAAAUAGAAGAUGGCUGGACACCUAUCACAAAAGUAUCAAGAAAAAAGAAGCACUAA